GGCUCGUAAUAUCCUGUGUCGUUUCCUCAUAUUUGGUGGGUUAGUGGCAUAUAAAAGGGUUGAGAACUCACUGCCUUAAGAAAUAACAAAAGCUCUCAAGAAAUCUGAACAGCAAUGGCUGACAUCCAUGUCAAGAAAAGUCUUUAUGAUGAUCUCUGGAACGACAGCUUUGACAUCGUUCAGAUGAUUCUGAAAGCGGACUUCCUGCAGGGCAUGGCAAGCGUCAGGCUCUCAGCCGAGCGCUUCAUGACCUUCAACCUGCAGGAUAUCUACUAUUUAGUGAAGGUGACCGAGAUGCUGGCGGAGAUGAAGGGCAAACCUCAGACACCACCUGACCUCAAGACAUUCUUUGAGAAAAAAUAUAACAGUUACCAGAGCUUUGCUGCUUCUGUCCUGAAGAAGUAUUGCCUCAAGGACGCAUCCAGCAUCAUUCCUGGCCUGGCAAUCUCCAGCUACUUGCAAACCUACAGGGAGGCAAUGAAGUUGGACCCCAUCUACUUUGUUGUGGCCAUGCUGCCUUGUGUGAGUCUGUGGCCAUACCUGGCCCAACACCUGGACAUCAAGAAGAACACGGCUUACUACGAAUGGAAAGAUGAAAACAUGCACGGCGACCCAAGAAAGGUGUACCAACCCCUGCUGGACAAGUACGCCUGCAGCAUCAACCAGGAAACAGCCACGGCUCUCUUCAGAAAGCAAAUGAGCCACGAGCAGGCAUUCUUUAUGGCAUCCGUCACAGCUAGUCCUGCUAAUGCGUUAGUCAGUGUGUGUCGGUCAACUGUGGAUCAUAGACACAUUUUCAUGCCAUUCUCUUACUAGUAACUUUGAUGUGAUCCUGUCAGGUAGGUAGUGCAUCACACUCCAUGGAUACAGUGAUGUACAAAAGUUGUAAUUUGAUCUGAAAAUAAAAAGCUAAUG